AUGGGAAACCAAAUCGACCGCCUCGCUCACCACCGCUACGACGAGGUCCCGCUAAGCGACCCCUCUUACCCGGACAGCGAAAACGGCUCCGCGUGCGUCGACUCCGACACGAACACCGCCUCGUCGCUCGACGUCCGCCAGCUCCACAACGGCGACGAGGAGGAGGAGGUGACGAGCGAGACGCGAGCGCAUGCGGAGGCUUCAUCCCCGGCGCGCGCCUACGACUACGAGGAGCACGUCCUGCGCGAGGAGCUGCACUUCGCCGCCUACUGCGCGGGCGAGUGCAUCUUCCGCAACGCGUCCUCCUCCUCCGCCGCCGCCGCCGCAGCAGCCGCUCCCUCGCCCUUCCUGACGCCCGCGCGUCUCCUCCAGGCCAGCGUGGCCGGAGACCUGCUCGAGUUCACGGCGCCGGGCGGCGGCGGCGGCGGCGGCAGCAGCUGCACGCACUGGGCGGUGAGCACGGGUGACGGUCGCGCCGUCUAUCUGCACCACGCCGAGGUUCGCAACGACCCCGUGGCCGUGCUGAGCGCCGGGCGGAGGGGUCGCGUCGUGAGCGACUGGUACCGCUUCAAGGCGCAGUCGGCCGAGACGGUGGUGCGCAGGGCGCUGGACCAGGUGCUGCUGCAGCAGCAACAGCAGCAGCAGCAGGAGGCGGUGAUGGUGAACGGCGGCGGCGACGAAGAUGAAGGGCGGCAGCAGGCGCACGGCGCGUCGUGGAGGAACUCGGAGUGCUUCGCGGCGUGGUGCAGGUACGGCAAGAGGCAGUUCAAGUCCGGGCUGGAGCUGCGCAUCGGAAAGACCCCGUACCUGCUCAAGACGCACCUGGGCGACGGCGUCGCGACCACGCAGAGCUUCCAGUGUCUCGAGGACCUCAUCGUUGAGAGGUGGCGCCUCGAGAGGAUCGGGCGAAGCGCGCUCCUCCUUGACUCGGGGUUCGCCCAAACGUGCUGCGGGCUGUAGCAAGAUUCAGGUGUGGUCACGUGGAGGGGUCACCUGAAGGGGUCACUUGGUGUGGUCACCUGGAGGGGGUCACCUGGAGGGGUAACGUGGUGUGGUCA